CAGGAUGCUUCCUUGGGUCCGAGCGGGUCAGCCCGCAUUGCGCAGCCCAGCAGCAGCAUGGACAGGGCUGGGGUGGAUGCGUGGGCAGACACCUUUGCCCAACUCAUGGCCGAGAGGAAGCCCCAGGACUUCUGGGCUCUGCACCCUCAAGACAGCCUGGUCACCGGGCAACCAGACCACGAUAGUCUCCAGUACUGGCUGAAGGGGCUUUCGAGGCUCCAGUGCAAUCGCUGCCCUUGGACCUGGGGCUCUGCCCAUGUGCGCAUUCUCUUCCGCCUGUGGUGGGACAGGGACCACCGCCGGGGGCAUGUGAGGAUGCGCCUGUGGGGCCCACAGUGCAGGCUGUGCCCACCAGAUGCCCCUGGGGAAUGCCAGGUGAGCCCUUCCCACAUCCGGCCUCUCCUCCGAGAGCUGGUCCUGCACAUCUUACGAACCUGCUAUGGGGACAGCCCGGGACAGGGCUCUAAAAGCCGUGCUGGUGAUGGCUGCGAGGCCUGUGAUCUGGGCGUCUGCUUCCUCCAGAGAGAGCCCGAGCCCACCAGGGUGUCCCUGGCCAAGAGUGUGGAAGCCUUGGAAAGUAGGGGCUCUGGGAAGGGCAGUGAGGCCACCACAGCUGGCCAGGGCCAGCUGCUCCACCCUGGAAGCGGCCCCCUGGUCAAGCAUGCCAGGGACCCCAAACCUGUCUCCAUCCCCAUCCUGGUGAUUGACUUCAUGGAGGAGCCCUUCUCUGAGGACAGCGACUUCUUUGAUGAGGGUGACCCGAUAGUCACCAUUCCCUUCUCUCUUGUGGACACGGAGGCCAGCCAUGGUCUUGCUCUUGGGGAGGUCAUUGGCCAGGGCUCCAUCUGCUUGGCAGGAAGCUCCGGGGCUGUGCCUGAGGGCCAGAACAUCCCAGUGCACUUCAGAGCCCCCAUCUUCCCUGGCCAGGGCAGCAUCCUGGAGACUUUUGAGCUCCCAGGCUUCCUCUUUGGGGGCCAGGGCUCCCCACCCAGCCCUGUUGGCAUUGCUAAAGGCCAGGGCCCCAUCUCCUUCAGCGUUGGCUGCCUGGCUCCUGGGAAUUCCUUUCCCUCUGUGUCCUAUGUCAUUGGCCUCCUGGCCAACGGGGAGGGCGCCAUCACUCUCCCCUUAUCUCUAACCAGCAUCUUCAGGGGCCAGGACAGCCUCACCCGUGUCCCCGAGGGCAGGGGGAGGGGAGAUGGUGGCCAGAGCUGCACCACUGAUGGUCACAAUUCCCCUCUGGAGACACACGCAGAGCACCGAGCUGCCAGCAAGGGCGGCCCUGCCACUUUCCCCUUCACCUUUACUGACAACGCCCCCUGCAAAGACUCUCUUAGUGACGUCGCCAAAGGGAGAGAGAAGGGAGCCAGUGCAGAAGGCCCAGGAUCCCUCAUCAUCAGUCAGGGCUCCAUCACCAUCCCACCCUCAGUCCUCAGGAUAGCAGGGAGCAUGGGCCCUGGAGACCCCCAGCGCCAUGGCUUCGUCACCUUCCACCACUACAAGAGGAGAUGGCUGAGCUCUGGGUCCAGCAGGUCCAUCAGGGAGGAAGGUGCCGGCCCCCGAAGGGCCCGCCGCAGGCCCCGCUCUGAGCGCCGCCAGGACUUCUGGCUCUGGGUGUCUGUGACCAUCUGUGCCCUGUGGCUGCUCUGCAUGUUCAAGCUGAACCUUGCUGGCCUGUAGAAGCCUGACACCCCCUCUGGCAGCCCCACUGUGACCCCCACAAACUCACCCCAGGAAAAUGUCUCCACCCCCAGCCAGAAACUGGUGCCUGCUUUCCUGACCUGUGUCCCUUUCCUGACACGAGUGCUGGUUUUGUGGAUGUCUACUGUGAGUGUCCUGUGAACUGUAAACGUGUGUUAAGCUCAAUAAAAUAAAACCAAGCCCAGAA